AUGAGUGAAGUAAAACAAGACAUAUUCAACACAACUACAAUUGAUUCUUCAUCAAAAGAUAAUAAAAUAUCUAAUGAAGAAAAAACUAUACAUUUACAACAAUAUGAAACUCGUAGUGUGGAAGAAAAUACUGAACCUUGGAAACCACAUGGACCUUGGUAUAAAGAUGUUACAAAACGCAGAUGGUUUACAUUUGGUUUAAUUGCAUUUUUGAUAGUAGUCGUCAUUAUUGUUAGGCUUUAUAUAUUUUUCAAGAUUGAUGGACAGUCACAAUAUAAUAAUAAAGAGUAUUUUCAACUCUAUAAAGAAUAUUGUCUAUUCUCUAAUAGUAGCGAAGAAGCUGAUAAUUAUUUUUUUGGAUCAUCACCAAUGGUAAAAGAUGAUAAUUCAAAUUUGUUGGUUUCAGCAUUAUGA